CCCACCCGAAAGAAGAAAAAAAAAAAAAAAGGGAACCCAGCCAUGCCUUGGAAAACCGGUAAGGAGGCUUGAUGUUAUCCUUCUUUUCUUGUCUAAGAACAAGAUUUAGGAGCUUAGAAACCUUCUCCCCCUGCUGGAAAUUCCAGAUCUGCUCUGCUCUGUCUUCCCCUGUCCGUGAGCUGCAGCUUGUGAGUGUGAUUUCUGGGCAUUUUUUCGGUAGACCCGUGAGUUCCCCUGCAGAUUGCCGCCGGCUUCCUCAUCAGCCAAGCCCGGUUUCUGCAGCUGGAAAUUCUGGUAUGUUGACAGCCCUCCAAGCCCCGAAUUUGUCCAUUUAUUUGCUGCCUUGUGUGUCCGAAAAUCUGCUGGAAAUAGGGGAUAAAUUUGAUAGUAAUUAGACCAUGAUUUAGCUUAAUUCAAGUGGGAUUUAUGUGAUUGAGUGUUAAUUGACUGCUGUGAGAUUUUUGGAGAAAAUCCCGUGAAUUAGCUAGGGUUUUGGCCAAUUUUGGAAGUGCAGUUACUGUUUACGGCACUGUUGACGGGCACUGUUCACAAAUACCGUUCACGCACUGAUGGCGAAUAAUUAACGGAGAUUAAAUGAUUAGUUUGUAAUAUAAGAACAAAUGUGGAGAUUGAUAGGAAUAGCAUCGUGAUUAGGAGUAGUCCUAAUGAUGAUUUCAGUUUGAAUUUGUGAUAGUAUAGAAUUAAUUCUUGGAUAUUUUGAUUAGGUUCCUGAUCGUUCUGUCAGUUAGCACUGAGAUCGAGUCUUCGGUUUUAUGCGAGUGAGAUAAGUAAAUUUAUGAUAAUACUCGUACAGUUUUAAAAGCAUGUUUUGACUUGUUUUUGAAGUGGUGGCAGGACUAAACUUGUUUUAUACAAAAGUAAGUAUGACUGAUUUGAAGUAAAAUUUUUAUGCUUUUCAUUAAAUUGAGCAUGCCUACUUGAAAUUUAAUUGAUUGUCCUGAUGAUUUAAAAGUAAUUGGUGAAUUAUGAUUUUUCUGUUAACUUCUACCUAUUUUAUCUACGAUGUGGUUAUGCUAUUGAUAACCCUACUAGUGGGGGUUAAAUGCUAGCAUAUGUAGAUAUGGUACUGAUAGAACUGGUUCGUUUCUGUUACCCUGCUAGUGGGGAUUAUACACCAACAAAUAUUGUAGCCUGCCAGUUGAAGGUUUAUAACACUGGCCGUGACCUAUAGAGGAGACAUCUAUUUCGUUCCCGCAUUGUAACUGUUUUUUCGUGAUUAUAUUUGUUGGCAUGUUAUACGUUUAAUUAAGGGUAAUCCAUAUUUUACUUACUGAGUUUAUCUCAUAUUUUUUCCUUAUCCACCAUUUCAAGAAACGAAACCGAGGACA